UGAACACGAUACUGUUGAAUCGUUUUGGCGGAGUUGAGCGUUCCAUCCUCCCCUCUUCUUGCCCACGUGGCUGCCGUUUUCAAUGCCCCAGUUGUGAUCUCCAUCUUUGCGAUAGGUUCUCGUGUUUGUCUUCAAGUUGCUCUGUUUCUGUAUCUUUCCUUCUCUUUGCCAUCUCUUCCCGUCUCUGCACGCCUCGCCUCUUCACGCAUUCCACAUAGCUGCCCAUGUUGGUCCCAUGUGCAGGAAUUCCUACUAUUCUCUAAUUUUAUUCCUUUCUCCUCAUCUAAGGUGCUGUUCAAAAAUGGACCUCUUUGACCAAAUCUAUGAUCAUUGUCCUUGUAUGAUUCGAUGACACAUUAUAGUGUCCGAAAGUAUAGAAGCAGGCUCUUUGGACCAUUGAGAUUAUGUCGACCUUCAGCCACCCAUUUAUACCAAAUCAAUAUGAAUCCCACUUGAUUUUAUCUACAGAACCAUGUCACCUUUCAUCUACACUCUAGGGGUGACUUACAAUUGACAACCCAAACAUCUUUGGGAUGUGGAGGAAACCCACACACUUCCACACUUUCUAAAGUCAGGAUUGUACCCAUGUGCUAUCGUGAUAUACAGGAUAUAUUGUGCUAUGCGGCAUCAGCUCCAGCUGUGUCUCUGUGCGGCUCCAGUUUGCAAGGCAUUCAAUAUCUUCAAACAUACUUUCAAAUACAGUUUGUCAGACUGAUUAUGUAGUACUUUCUUUAAAAGACAUCCAGGCAUCAUCCUGUGAUGACUUUAACUCUUCAACUGACUUCUCAUUCCUGAUGUUUUUGCUUCUCGUACAGGCAGCACGAAUGGGCACUGAUAACUCCUUUCUCAAGCUGACAAACUGGAUUCUGUUUAAACCACCUGUCGAUUUGACUUUACACGCUUCUGUAAGUUUGGAACUUGAUUCUGGAUCCAUUUUUGAAAACAAAGGUAGAACCCAUCCACUGAUGACACAAAAUGUUUGUGACAUAAACAAUUGUGGAUGUUUCUAUGGUUGCCAAUCCGUGUGGACGUUGUGGGCGAGCUGUUAGUCAGUGCUCAGUGCUGACUGUGACCUUUGGCAAAUGAUUUCUGUCGCGCAUACUCAACAAGAACUGAAGAUUCUUUGAGCACAGGCCGAUUUGGGGAUGACUUGUAUGACUCUUGCAUGCGUGUAGACCAGGCUGAAAUCAAAACAUCUAGCACAGGAAAGGGAAGCCCUGUGAGAUUACCAUCUCUUCAUAGCUUAACGAUCGGCCAGAGCACGAUGAGAGACCACCUAUCAGCUAGCUGUCGCACUCAGGUCAAGGUGCAACACCUGUUUGAAGAUGCUGGAAAUCGGCGAAGCAAUGCGACGCUGCACCCGCCCGAGUCCCGCACCUGCAGACCCGUGCUACCAUCGCUGAAAGACAAGUGCCUGGAUGGUUCCGUCCUGUCCAGAUCAGACGGCAUUUUGCUGAAGACAAAAUCGGCAAUCUCAUCGACGCAGGCCAUGAAGCAGCACAUGCACAAGCUGUCCUCCUACGAACAUCAGGAGAUCUUCACCUACCCGGAGAUUUACUUCUUGGGCUUAAAUGCAAAAAAACGGCAAGGUGUCCUGGGCGGCUCCAACAACUGCGGCUACGACGACGACCACGCGGCCCUUGUCCUCCUCUCUCAUGACCACAUCGCGUACAGGUACGAAAUCCUGAAGGUUCUGGGGAAGGGAAGCUUUGGGCAGGUGGCCAAGGUGUACGACCACAAAACCCGGCAGCACAUGGCCCUGAAGGUGGUGCGGAACGAGAAACGGUUCCACCGGCAGGCAGCCGAGGAGAUCCGCAUCCUGGAGCACCUGAACAAGCAAGACAAGAACCAGCAAAUGAACAUUGUUCACAUGUUUGAGAAUUUUGUUUUCCGCAAUCACUCCUGCAUGACCUUCGAGCUGCUCAGCAUCAACCUGUACGAACUGAUCAAACGCAACAAGUUUCAGGGCUUCAGCCUCCAGCUAGUCCGCAAGUUUGCCCAUUCCAUCCUCCAGUGCCUGGACACUCUGCACAAGAACCGCAUCAUUCACUGCGACUUGAAGCCGGAGAACAUCUUGCUGAAGCAGCAGGGUCGCAGUGGCAUCAAAGUGAUUGACUUUGGCUCCAGUUGCUACGAGCACCAGCGCGUCUUCACCUACAUCCAGUCGCGGUUUUACCGCUCGCCCGAGGUCAUCCUGGGCUCGCGCUACGGCAUGGCCAUCGACAUGUGGAGUUUCGGUUGCAUCCUAGCCGAGCUGUUGACCGGGUACCCUCUCUUCCCGGGAGAGGACGAGGGAGACCAGCUGGCCUGCAUCCUGGAACUCUUAGGGUUGCCUUCUCAGAAAAUGAUGGACCAGUACAAACGAGCCAAGAACUUUUUCAACUCCAAGAACCAGCCUCGCUACUGCACCAUCACCACGCUUGCCGACAACACGGUGAUCCUGAACGGCGGGCGCUCCAGAAGAGGCAAGAUGAGAGGGCCGCCCGGCAGCAAAGGCUGGGCCGUGGCCAUGAAGGGCUGCGACGAUGCCCAGUUCAGCAACUUCCUCAAGAGGUGUUUGGAGUGGGACCCCUCCUGCCGCCUAACACCUUCCCAGGCACUCAGGCACCCGUGGCUCACUAGACGUUUGCCCAAAUCAUCGGCUGUGGAGAAGCCCCCACUGGUCAAAAGUACACCAGAUAGCAAUAGCUCCUUGCCUGGAAUUGUCUCUAAGUUGCCCUCGACCAUCGGCGCCUCCGGCAAACUAAGGACCAAUUUGGUACAAGUGGCUGAUUCAAAUGGAAAUAGUUUACCUCUACGCACUGUGCUUCCAAAGUUAGUUAGCUAAUGCAGUGUGCUGCGAAUUAAACCCAAGAACAUGUGUCAAUUGAAAACGUUUCUUUAUGUAGGUCUUAUUCCUGGCAAAAAUACUUAGCAGAUAUUUCAUUAUGUAUUUCAACCUUGAAAGAAAGUAAUUUCCAAGUUGCAUUAAAGUACACCAAAUUUAUUCUUUAUCCACUUGACCCUCACAAGAUUAUUGUAGUUUUUAAUAUUAAAAAUAUGAUACCCCUAGUACCACAGAGAGCAUAUGAAGUAAAUUUCUGUUUCCUAAAUCCUUGCUUGCUCUUCAGUUUUGAAUGUCCAAGCAGGUCUGACUUUGUAUACCAGACCCCCCCCCACCCACCCCUCCCCCCUCAAGAUUGCUAUCAAACUGUCCUCACUUUGCUGUUCCAAUUAGAGAAGAACUAUGGUCCUUUCAACAGUAAAGUUCUGAGUUUGAUAAUGCAACAGAUGAAUAAAUCACACACACGCUCCUGUGCUCAUACCUAAACCUGCCUUUGGCCAAAGUGUAAGCUUGAUGUGCUGCUGCUGCUGCUGCUGCCGCCGAUGUCUUGUCCAUUCACUAAUUAGCCAUUAAAACAUUUGUGUGCUGGUGAUUAAUACGGAGUUCCCGUGCACACUCGUCAUGUACUGUUCAGAAUGUCACGGAAGCAAUAUGCAAUUCACUUGUGGAGUGGUGCCAGCAGUCACCUCUAUGUCACUGCUGACCGGUAAAAUGUGAAGAUAUCUGGUCAGCACCUAGUCGACAGUGAGUCUUGAACUCACGACCAGAAGAAAUCUGAUCAACCUUUUGAAGGAAGCCAGCUUGUGUUGGGUGAGUGUGAUUGAAACACAAUCUGCUCGGAUCUAUCAAGCUUGGUUUGCUGAAUGUCUUACAUCUCAUUCAACUCCAUGCUCUUUAGAUUCAACUCCAUGCUCUUUAGAUUUCUCGAAAAAUAUAUUUUGGGGAACCGAAAAAAGUUUGGAAAGUUGAACAAUUUUAAAAUUGAGUUAGUUAGACCAGUCAAAUUCUAACAUUCUUUUUCUGUGAAGGAAACCAACUGUGUAAGGUGCCCGCUGAACGCACAGAGGUUUAUCAUGUACGUUUCUACAACAAGCAGUUCUCACUUUAAUUGUCUGGAUAUGUGUGUGUCAUUGAUGUUGCCCUGACUAUUAAUGGCAAUUGAUAAGUCGUUAAGCCGGAUCAAUAGUGUGCAGAUAGAGCUCACAAUGUCGUCAUUAUUUCAAGCAAUAGCAUUUUAUUGCCAGCUGUCCGUGUAAUGUAACUGGUAGAAUCAGCAAGUCAGAAUCUGUAGGGCUGUAAAGAUAUUGAGACCGACCGGUAUAUUAAUAUCAUCAAGGUGUCAAAGUGCAAUAAUGCCAAGUAAAAGAAAAUGUUGACCUUUGAGAAAUGGAAACACAGAACUCUAGCCUUAUUUAAAAAAAAUUGUAAUCACUUUUUGUGUGUUUAUAUGUGUGCAUGCAAGUCCCACACAAUGGUGGGGGUACAUUGAAUAUGCCAGCCUUUCACCAGCUCUGGGUAGGUUGUGCUGUUCAGACUUCCCUGUCCGGCUGUCUGAAUGCAAGCGCACUGUGCAGAGACUCGAUGGGAUGAGUCCAUCCCGCACCCAGCUCCCAAAGGCCAGAUUACAUUCCCCGACUGGUGUUCCUCUCACCCCCUUCAUCCUCCCAUUAAAUGGAUUUUAAAAUAUUAUUACAAAACAUUAUUUAUAUUGUUUGAUAGAACUUUUGAUAUCCAGUUUUCAAUAUACUUGGUCCUGUUUGAACACAGCAAUACUUUGGAAGUUUAAUGUUACCAUGUGAUGGACAAUUUUCUCUUUUGUUAUCGUGUAAUCCAUGGUUGAAAUGUUGCAUCAGUAAUGAUGACUCGAGUGUUAAAAUGAAGAUGCAGACUGCUAACUACUUUUUAAUAAAUUGAGGAAAGACCUUGAAA